UCGCCUUGUUUAGUGGGACUACACGUGAAUGUGAGAGGAUAGACUCGUUUUAUUAUUGUGGGUCCAUGUGGUGAAUUUUAAAGAUUCGGGGCUGACAGGAUGCUCUAUCUAAUCGGUUUGGGGCUCGGAGACGCCACCGACAUCACGGUGAAGGGUCUGCAGGCUGUGAGGAGCUGCUCCCGGGUUUACCUGGAGGCCUACACCUCCAUCCUGACUGUGGGAAAAGAAGCUCUGGAGGAAUACUAUGGGAAGCAGCUGAUCCUGGCAGACAGGGACAUGGUGGAACAGGGAGCUGAUGAGAUCCUGAAGGACGCAGAUGUCACAGAUGUAGCCUUCCUGGUGGUGGGCGACCCAUUUGGAGCUACCACUCACAGCGACCUUGUUCUCAGGGCAGUGAAUGCUGGGAUCCCCUACAAAGUCAUCCAUAACGCCUCCAUCAUGAACGCCGUAGGCUGCUGCGGUCUGCAGCUGUAUAACUUCGGAGAGACGGUUUCUGUGGUGUUUUGGACAGAAACAUGGAAACCUGAGAGUUUCUAUGACAAGAUCUGCAAAAACAGAGCGGCUGGACUGCACACGCUCUGCCUUUUAGAUAUUAAAGUCAAAGAGCAGAGCAUUGAGAACAUGAUGAGAGGGAAGAAGAUCUAUGAGCCUCCUCGCUUCAUGACCGUCAGUCAGGCGGCAGAUCAGCUGAUUCAGAUCAUCCAGAGGAGGAGGGAGGAAGGGGAGGAGCUGGGUGUAACGGAGGACACUGUGUGCGUUGGUUUGGCCCGGCUCGGCGCUGAUGACCAGACGAUCCGAUCGGGGACGCUGCGUCAGCUGGCUUCAUGCGACCUGGGCGGGCCGCUCCAUUCGUUGGUGGUCACCGCCAGACUCCAUCCCCUUGAGGUAGACAUGCUCCGAGUAAACUCUGAGCCAGACGCGCUAAAACACCUGCGCAUGAUCGACAGCUCCACGUACACAUCCUAAUCAUUCUACCUGCCAGGAAUCCUCCUGAGGAUGGACCCAAACUCCUUUAAAGCAGAAUGAUCUGUAC